CUUCUAUUCAUUCUAACGACAUUAUUCGAACUUUCAUUCGGUUUGUGGGGCACCCACGGUGCCCGUGUAUGACCAGGAUAUUGCAAUUGUAAGCGUCACUACGCUGACUAACUUGAGCUGACGACUCUUAUCUUUUCAAUUUCCCACUCUUGCUCGCCAGUUCUCCACUGCAACCCCCAGAAUGUCUUAUCCAUCAACGAUUCAAGCCAUCGCGAUUUCAAAGACAGGGGGACCUGAGGUCAUUGAGAAACGAGAGAUCCCUUUCCCAAAAGUAGCCCCGGAUCAUCUGGUUGUAAAGGUCCAAUAUCUUGGUAUCAACUUCAUCGACACAUACUACAGAGAAGGAAUAUACCCAGCAUCUGGAUUCCCAUUCGUGAUCGGGAAGGAAGCCAGCGGUGUAGUCAUCGCACUUCCUACAGAUGAGUCCGUUUUGAACGACCCGGAUUACAAGAAGUGUGGGUACAAACAAGGCUCCCGCGUCGCACUCGAUUAUUUGGGUUCGCAUGCGGAAUACGUUUCUGCACCUUGGAAAACGGUAUACGUGAUUCCUGAAUCAGUGUCGAGUUUGACGGCUGUCUCGGCUCUCGUGCAAGGGUUGACGGCUAUUUCCUUCAUGGAAGAAGCAUACAACGUGCAAAAGGGUGAUAUCAUCCUCAUUCACACCGUCGCAGGUGGUCUUGGACUGCUCAUGACCCAGCUGGCUAAGUCGCGAGGAGCGAUUGUGAUAGGGACGACCUCGACGCCAGAGAAGGCCUCCCUUGCGAAAGCUAAUGGGGCGGACCAUGUGAUAUUGUAUAAGAACGAGGACACGGUUGCACGUGUCCUGGAACUUACAAAUGGAGAGGGUGUCCAUGCAAUCUUUGAUGGUGUGGGUAAAGACACGUUCGAGUCCGACCUCAUAAUGAUCAAGCGGAAGGGCACUAUUGUCUCAGUGGGUAAUGCUUCGGGGCCCGUCCCACCAUUUCCUCCUAUCAGGCUCCAGAAAAAGAAUGUGAAGCUUCUCCGGCCUACCAUGAACAACUAUACAUACACCUCAGCAGAAGUGCUCUACUACGGAAAUGCCCUAUUCUCCCUUCUCGCAGACGGCACCUUAAAGACGCGGAUCUUCAAGGAGUAUCCAUUCACUACGGAGGGGGUAAGACAGGCACAAGUUGACCUGACAAGUGGCAAAACUACCGGAAAACUUGUAGUCAAAGUCAGUGAUUAAUGGGACGUUGUACGAUGUUUCAGUCAAGAACGAAGUUAUUCGUAACGGUGUAAUGAUACUAAGUUAUGUAUUGAAGGAGCAGAU